AACAAAAUGAAACUUCUCGUUGUGCUCGCGAUGUGCGUGCUCGCCGCCAACGCCGGCGUCGUUGAACUAUCCGCGGACAGUUCUAACCAAGACCUCGAGGAGAAACUGUACAACAGCAUCCUAACCGGUGACUACGACAGUGCUGUCCGUCAGAGCUUAGAAUACGAGAGCCAAGGCAAGGGAUCCAUCGUUGGGAAUGUAACUUACAACCUGAUCGUUGACAGGAGACAGAACACCAUGGAGUACUGCUACAAGCUGUGGGUCGGCAACGGAGAGCACAUUGUCAGAAAGUACUUCCCCUUUAACUUUAGGCUCAUCAUGGCCGGAAACUACGUCAACCUCAUUUACAGAAACUACAAGCUUGCUCUGAAGCUCGGUUCCACAACCAAUCCCUCGAAUGAGAGAAUUGCAUACGGCGAUGGCGCAGACAAGCAUACUGAAUUCGUCAGUUGGAAGUUCGUUACCUUGUGGGAGGACAACAGAGUGUACUUCAAGAUCCACAACACUAAGUACAACCAGUACUUGAAACUGAGCUCGAAGACUGACAGCAAUACUGGCGACCGUCUUGUAUACGGCGACAGCACCGCUGACAGCACCAGCGAGCAGUGGUUCCUCCAGCCCGCGAAGUACGAAAACGAUCUCCUGUUCUUCAUCUACAAUCGCGAGUACAACGAUGCUUUGAAGCUUGGUGGUAUUGUGGAUGGCUCACGAGACCGCAUGGCAUUUGGACACGACGGUGAAGUGGCUGGUCUUCCUGCCCUCUAUAGUUGGAUGGUUCCACGUUUCUGGACUGCCGCAUAA